UCACAUUGUCUCCCGUACGGGCAAGAAGACACAAGUACCGUGAGAGACUGAACCAGGUCCAUGUUGUGCAACGUCAGGCAUCUCCGCGAAGCAAGGGGCACUAUUCGCAAGCCUUCAUUACAUUCCUGUACCAGCUGGCGCCGCGGGAGAAAUCGCUUAACUUUCAAGCUGCACCUUGUAAGAGAUGACCGGCCAACAAUCGGUUAGGCAGACGCACAAGCGACUGGCAGGUCUCGAGUCGAGCAAUGAUCUUGCUUCGCACCUUCACUGCAUCGAUCCUUGUAGCUGCUGCGUGGAAUCCAGUAACCGGAUCCUAGAGCUGUAUCACGAGCUCCCCUUGUGCACAAGCCGGCAAAGCAUGCCGAACUUCACGUUCCCAAAAGCCCGCGUCCUUCGGAGAUUUUGCUCUCGCAACACAGACGAGGACCCCCCCCACCACAAUCGAGGUAUCCGCGUCACAGUCCUGCGAGCGACUUUCGAUGACCUGGGCUCUUCACUCAUACCCCUACAAUAAUGUGAAGCGUCAGCGGCAAAGUGUGUGGAAUAUUCCCUUGUCUACUCCACCAUCGACAGCCUUCGGCAUCUUACUCGGCGUUGCGUACAAGUUAACGUGACGACGUCAACGUGACCUUACAUAGCUGUGCCUCCACAGGCUCUCA